GCUCCCCGCGCCCCCACCCCGCCGGAGGACCGGCUGCUUGACACCCACCCCCCGUCUCCAUCCCUCACUCGCUGCCGGCCAUGGAGGGGAGAGAGGACGUGGAGUGCGACUGCCAGGCGGCCUUCGCCGAAGCCCGGCGAUGGGUAGAGACAGUUACUGGGAAAAGCUUUGGAACCAAAGACUUCCGAGCAGCUCUAGAAAAUGGAGUCCUGUUGUGCGAUUUGAUUAACAAGAUCAAACCUGGCAUCAUUAAGAAGAUCAAUCAUCUGCCAACUCCGAUAGCUGGCUUGGAUAAUAUAAAUGUUUUCCUGAAAGCGUGCGAAAAUAUUGGACUGAAAGAAGCUCAGCUUUUUCACCCAGGAGAUCUUCAGGAUUUGUCCAAUCGAGUCACAGUCAAACCAGAGGAGACCAACAGAAGAGUGAAAAAUGUUUUGAUUACAUUAUACUGGCUUGGAAGAAAAGCUCAAAGCAGCCCUCAUUAUAAUGGUCCAUACCUCAACCUUAAAGCAUUUGAGAAGUUAUUAGGGCAAGCAUUGACUAAGGCGCUCGAAGAGUCCGGUCACCUGAACAGAAGUGGCAGGGAUAGUGGGUACGGUGAUAUUUGGUACGUUGACCGGGGAGAGCCCUUCUCAUCUUCAGCUACACAUAAAAGAGACGAUUCCUUCGAUAGCUUGGACUCUCUUGGUUCAAGAUCCUCCACAAGCUUUUCAUCAGAUAUAACCUUGAAAGGUGGCAGUGAAGGUUGUGACAGUGACACGGACUCAGAACUGCCUUUCAAAAUGCACGACUCCCAUAAAGAUGACAGGUCUUACCGUAGGAUUUCCACAAUUGAGCCAAAACCUACCACUGACUUCAAUCGCUUCUUACCCAACAAGAACAAGCAGACGGCGUAUGUGCCAGCACCCUUAAGGAAGAAGAGGACAGAGAAGAAUGAGGACAACAGGAGGAGCUGGGCAAGUCCAGUCUUCACUGAGUCAGAUGGAGCAUUUUCAAGUGGACGUGAAAGGAAUCCCGUAGCUUCCUGCCAAAAUAGCAGAGCAGAGUGUGGGCUCACAAAUCCAGCUUCCUUCCAGAUGAUCUAUGAGUAUGACAGUGGCUCUGAUUCAGAAGAUGAAAGAAGGCUGCCCGACGUGGUCAUGGAUGACUUAGCAAAACGUAGAUUUCUAGUCAAAAAGAGCCCUGUAAGCUCUGCUGCACCUGGACAUCAUUUCAUGUUGCGCAAUGACCCUCCUAAAUCUUGCUCACAAGAAAGUUAUCCAGCUGGUCCACUAGCUGCAAUGCUUGAACCACUGAGUAACCAGAGAAGGCAGAGGGAGUUGGAUGCUAAAGAGGAAAACAAAUCAAGAGUUAACAUUCCUUCAGAAUUAUCUGGGUAUUUUGAUGAGGACGAGGAAGAAGAAAUAGGCAUCCCAAACAUUGAAAAAGAUGAUUUCUAUUUUCGCAAGCUAAGUUCUUCAGCGGCAAAUACAGUGGUUGCUUUUGACAAAUUUCUUCCUAAGUUUUGGACUCCAGAAGAAGAAUUGCUAUGGAAAAAAAUCAGGAAAUCCUCUUUCAAACCCUGGUAUAAAGAGAUUCAAGGGUUCAGUAGAAAGAAAUCAGAUUCCGAGGAUGAGGAAUUUGCUUACAAACAAAGCUCUGCCAUUGUUGCUAAUCAACCAAGACCAGGUUUUGACUGGAACCCCGGUUACAGAAGGGAUCAGAGCUAUAAACCAACUGCUGAAUUUGUGGGAAGUUCAUUGUCACAGAUUGCAGAAGGAAAAAUCUUGGAGGCUUCUGAUCAGCCCAGUCAGUUUUCGUUACUUCAGGCCCUGCAAAAAUACUCUGACUACUUGUCUUCUGAAACGAAGACCAAAAUUGAUCCUACUUCUGGCCCUAGGCUCAUAAAAUGUAGAAAGAAUAUUUCCUUUGCACCAGGAUGCAAGGAAGGAGAUGCGGAAAACGGGUAUCUGUAUCCAGAUUUAGAAAACGAUGACUUGUUCGUUCGGAAAACUGGGGCUUUCCAUGUGAAUCAAGUUGUUCUCCAAGACCCCCGGUAUUUAAAAAAAUUAUCUGAGGAGGAGCCUCCCCUAGAGGGUGAGAUAAUUUUGCAACCCAGAGAGGGCCAACCUGUGAUUCCAGAUUUGGAAAAGGAUGACAUGAUUUUCCGUAAAAUCCUCUCUCAGAAAAAAGAGGUGCCUUUAUCAGGCGCUCCAGACAAGUAUCACCCGGCACUCUUUCCUGAUCCGUGGAGUCUUCCAGAGGAGAUCCGGUCCAAAUUUCUGUGUUUACUUGAAAAAAACACAACAACUGAGGAAAAAAAGAGCAACGGCAGAGUGCUGUCGCCAUCUUCCCGCCAUAAGAAGGAUGAUAUGCUGACCCGCAAGAUUGAAUCUUGGAAGGUGGGAAGCAACGUCCAGCCAGUCAAUUUCAUCCCAGGUCCGUGCAGCGAAGAAGACUGGAAGAAGUGGGAAGCGAUCAGGGAGGCCAGCAAAGUUAGACACAAGAAACGGCAGAUGGUGGAGAGACUGUUUCAAAAGCUUUCUGAUGAGCAAGGGAGUAAAUCUUUGAAUGAUGUCAGUGCAGAGGAGCUGCAGACAUUGCGCAAAAUCCGUUACGAAGAGCUACAAAAGAUAAAAGAACAGUUACAAGAACAGGAUCUGAAAUGGCAAGAAGAUCUGGCAAAAUGGAAGAACCGUAGAAAGAGCUUCACUUCUGAAUUGCAAAAGAAAAAGGAAGAGAGAGAAGAAAUAGAAAGGAGAGCCUCUGAGGUGUCUGAAAGGACUACCAAGUCACUGAAAGAAAUGCAGCAGGAGAGGGAGGAGAGAGACCAAGACUCCUACAGGCAGCGAAAACAUGAACGCACGUGGACGUAUUCAGUGAAUGACGACGUGUUUACUGAAGAAAAAGCACCUUCCACACGGUCAGCAGCAAAAGAUUACCUUCUGGAAGAAGAUACCUCCCAAAGCACUAAGGACAGCAAGAGCACGUAUGCCGCCCGGCCGCGCAAGGAGAACCCACCGGAGAGCUCGGCUGCUCGUGAAGCUCCCACUCCACCAAAGAGCCUGGCAGAGGAGCAGAGCUCGGCUCCUUUGUCUACCCGCUACUCGGCGAAUGCUCAAACUGGGUCAGCUCAGGUUUCAGCUUCUCUCCCGAGAACUUACCAGAAAACCGAUACCUCUAGGUUAACAUCUGUGGUUACACCAAGACCUUUUGGUGCCCACUCAAGAGGAAUCUCGUCACUUCCACGGUCGUUCACGAUGGAUGAUACCCAGAAAUACAACGGAGAAGUAGAAAAAGCUAAAAGAACUCAAACUUUGUUCCCUAGCAGUUCGUUUUCACAACCAGACUCUGCACACCCUCUCUCCACUAGUGCAUUCGGAAGCAGAGGUGAGGAGGAGGAAAAAGAAGGUGUUCAGUCAACACCUCCUCCUAGUUUGGCAUUACCUAUAAAAUCCCAAGACCAAGAUGCUGGAAGCAGUAUUCUUAAACCAGAGUAUCGCUCUGCUCCUGAUUCUCUUUCACUUGCAUCUUCUGCAGAAAAUGUGAGUCUGCCGGAGCCCGAGGAUUCAAAAUCCCUGGUACAGUACAGUGAAAUGAGAAUCAGUAUAAACCAGAGACCUGGCCACAGUCGCAGCUUUGGGUUUACAACAAACUGGAGUCCUUCAGGGGCCUUUGUACAGACAAUUGAAGAAGGUAGCCCUGCAGCACUUUGUCAGCUGCGUGUAGAUGAUGAGAUCAUUGCUAUCAACGGCACAAAGGUUUCACGUAUGGAUUAUAGUGAGUGGGAAGACGCCAUCAACAGCGCACUAGAAACUGGAAACCUGGUCAUGGAUGUCAGACGAUAUGGAAAGAAUGAUUGGGGCAAAGACCAGCCUUCCCUGCCACAAGUAAGGCAUAAAAUCCUCAAUCUCACCAGUAUGGCUACCAACAUUAUAGGUACACCUGAAAAUAAAUGGAUUGAUGCAACUUCUGGAGAACAUGUUUCAAAUGUUUCCACCAUAUCGACAAAAAGAGAUUUCUCCAGCAGCCUUCAAAGUUCUGAAACAGAAACAAAUUUGAUAAAUGGAGUGCAAGGAGAUCUCAGCUCUAGCGAACAAAGAGCAUCUGAACCUAUUUAUUUGAAAAACUUAAAAAGGCGGUCACAAUUUUUUGAACAAGGGUCAUCAGGUUAUUCUUACAAUUCAUGGGUCUACCUUUGUGGAGGCCCUGAGCCUGCAAUGCCUGAUCUCCCAGUUCCAUCCAUUAGUGCUCCUAGUCGUCGGGUUUGGGAUCAAGAGGAAGAACGAAAACGACAGGAAAAAUGGCAAAAGGAGCAGGAUCGUCUAUUGCAGGAAAAAUACAAACGGGAACAAGAAAAAUUGAGGGAAGAAUGGUUACGAGCUCAGCAAGAAGCAGAAAAAGAGAGCUCCAAGUAUUUUGAUGAGGAGCAGACUGUUCUAACCUUAGACGUAACGUCUGUCCCUCCACGGGCUCCAUCUGUGUCCAGCUGGAGGGCAAGCCCUGAAGCGGGUACUCCUGAGGAGCCAGAAGGAGAUGGAGGACGCGAGCUGGCGGCGCGCUUGCAGGACGAGGAGGAAGAAAGGAGAAGGCUCCAGGAGGAACAGAGGAUCCAGGAAGAAGCAGCCCUGCGUUUAGAGCAAGAAAGGGAACUCCAAGAACUGGAGCUUGAGAGGCAACGUAAAGAGAGGCAACAGCAACAGGCUGAGGAGCAGAGGCGGCAGGCGGAGAUGGAGGAGCAGAGGCGGCAGAGGGAGGUGUCAGUGGAGACUCCUCAGUACAAAAGACAUUAUGAGCGCUAUGAGGUGUCUAAAACAAUAGAGGAUCGAGCUGGCCAUCCUCUCAUUGACAGGCAUUAUGAACGUUAUGAAGUCUCAAAAACCAUUGCGGAGCAACCUGAGCAGUCAUUUGCUGACAGGAAUAAGUCCAAGUCAACUUCAGAACUGAAUGAAUUCAACACAAUCAGAAAUGGUACUCAGAGCAAGCAUUCAGAGAGGUCCUGGAACACGGGUGAAUCGCAGAAGAAAUCUCAGAAGGAGCAGAACCUCUCUGCGGCAGAGUUGGAGAGACAGCAAAUCCUUCAGGAAAUGAGGAAGAGAACAUCUCUACACACGGACAGCAGCUGGAUCAGGCAGCGCAGUUCCAGUAUACAUAAGGAGCCUGUUAGUCUGUACAGCAAUAGUAUGAGGAGAGGAGAGUCUUUGGACAACCUUGAUUCUUCAAGAACGAGCUCAUGGAGGCACCAUACAUGGCUGAGCCACUCUGCCUCCUCUACAUCCUUGUCCUCCUCCAGUCAAGAUUUCAGUCGCCCGGUGUCCACUUCAAACCGAGCCUACAUGUGCACUCCUUCCUCCAGCAAAGCACCUCCUGCGGCCACCUCUGUGAGGGCCCCCUCCGUGUCCCAGGCAGCCCCCCGGGCUCAGUCUCCCCUCUCUACUUCCCAGGCAGGGUCCCAGACACGCAGCAGUGUGUUGCCUGCGGAUGCGACCUUGGGGGAUCCCGCUCCGGAGCUGAAGUCAGGAUCCGAAACAACAAACUCUUCUGCAACGACUGCUAUGUCAGAUUUAAAAGUACAAGUUCAGGAGGAAUUGAUUUACUUACAGAUCUUAAUUAAAAGGUGCAGUAUAAUUUUUUUCCUUUAUUAUGGUUUGCAGAAUUCUAAUUUACUGGAGCAUGAUGUUAAGGCUUUGAAUAGUGGUGUUGAGUUGUUUUUUCUGCUGUCAUAGAUGAUGGUAGACAACCUCCUAAUUUUGACAAGUCUCGGAGUUUUAUAUAGAUCUAUUUUUACGUAGCAAAUAUGGAAUUCUCUGGAAUGAUAAAAUUCAGCCAAGGGAAAGCAUUUCUGAAUUACUUCCUGGGAAAGAUGUCCAUGUUUCUUCAUGAGCCCAGCACAUUUUUCUCACAGUGGACCAGAAGGCAGUGAAGGGAACAGGAUACUCAUGCUACAACACUUGAGCACGUCUUGGGCAUCUGCUGGCUAGAAGCCUAGCUCAGAAAAAAAGAGAAGCUCUGCAUCUGAUGCUGUUGCUGUUUUCAGACUCCCAUUUUUGGCUUCCAGGAAGAAGACAAGUUGACUGCACCACACAGAAGUGAUUUUGUGGUGCCCAAGCUUAAAACCAGAAAACCCCAGGCCUCCUCUUGACGCUAACCAUGCCUUCACAGAGGCUAAUGCUGGGUGUAAGGGUGCCUCUGUGAUCAGUGGAAGGAGGAAGAGAAUCACCUCCUUCCAUAUGGAGGUGACCUGGAGCACUGGGUCAUAUCUCUCGGUGUCCACGUUCGGAGAAUUUACCUCCUGCUUGAUGCCAAAGUGACCAUGUUCCUAUAUGAAGCACAUAAAUGUGCAGGAGAUUCAAUCUGGAACCUGCUCGUGUUAUUUCUGCUUUAUCUUUUCUUUUAGCUGGCAAAAUUGCUGGAUGAGUUGUGUAAGUUCAGUACUGAAAAAAAAAAUCUUUUUUUUUUUUUUUUGUUAUUUCCUGGCAAGAACAGCAUUCAGGAAUUUGGUGAUGGAAGUAAGCAAAAAGUUCAUCAUAGAUAAAUUGCUUGUUAGUCUCUUUUUGACAUUAUAGCCCAUAAAAUCACAGCAGAGCCUUUCAGAAGCAGAGUUGAUCUGUGAGAAAUGUUUCCAUUCCCUUCCCUUCAGACUGCAUCUUCUUGGGCCAGUGGGCACCUCAAAACGUAAUUGUAUGAGAUGCGAGUGAAUCGGGAAUUGUAAGAACUUGUAGGUACAGAAUGAAGCAUUGAAAUUAGUGAUUAGUAAUUCAAAUUAGCUACUUGAAUAAUACAAAAACUGGCUAUGCGAUUACUGCGAUGAAGAUAAUACUGACAGCACAGCACUGGUCUGCAAUGCAGAUUACUUUGUUUGCAGUUGGCAUUUGACAUCAGCCUGGCUAAUUAUUCGUUAGUUUGGAACGUGAAUAUAAUGGCUAAAAGGUUUGAUAAACUGUGAGAUCGUUAAUAUUCACUGUGUAAUCUUAUGGUGUGAUAUUUUUGCACAUUUUAAUGUUAAUUUUGUGGUUUAAACUUGGAACGUUGUAGCAAAACACCAUUGAAUUGGCAGAUGCCUGCAGAUACAUGGAGACAGAGGAUACAAAAGUCCUUUCUAAAUAUUGUUACAGUUAUUUAGCAAAUAUUAAUUUCAUUAUUGAAGGGUAAAUUUAGAAAAACUGUCACCCUGUCUCUAUGCUAAUACUAAAAAUUCUGAAAAUCUUGGUAAGGUGCAUGUUAUGUGGAAUAUUACUUGGCCUGAAAUACUUGCAGUGCUAUAAUGGAAUUAAACUCAAAUUUUUAUUGUUCUUUAAAUUUGCAUUGCUAGAUUCAGAAUGUAUACCUUACUUUGUGUUACCAUUUUUAAUAGGUAUUGGAAAUGCCAUUAUCUGACUAUUUUUAACUUGGAAAUUUUAAUUUUUGUCACUAAGGUUCUUCAGUAGAUAGACUUUAUU